CGUUUUCUAUUGUCAACACAUUGCCGUGUGCCUAAUCCGAGUCCGAGCAUUCAAAUUGGAUUCCAUUUCGUACCAUAAAUUAUGCUCAUUUCUUAAUAAUCCCGUGCUAAAAAAGAAAAAUUUAACCCUAGCAAUUUUCUCUCAUUGUCUAAAUAUUUAAAUCACUCUACUCUAGAAGACACACCAUCCGCAAAGAAACCUCUCCCAAAACCCACACACCCACUUCCAAAACGAUGUCGUCUUCGGAGUUCCAAGACCCCGCCGCCGCCGCAUCAUCGGAGGCCCAAGUCAGCAAAAAGGCGGCUAAGAAGGAGGCCGCGAAGCUGGAGAAGCUCCGCCGCCGCCAGGAAAUCGCCACCGCAUCCGCCGCCACGGCCAACCUCUCCGUCGACGAGGAGGACCCUCUCGGCGGAAACUAUGGCGACGUGCCGCUGGUGGAGCUGCAGUCUAAGACGCCGGCAGACGUCGGCGAGUGGACGCGAGUGGAGGCGCUCGGCGGCGCGCUGGAGAACAGGUCAGUGCUGAUUCGCGGGAGGGCGCAGGCGAUUCGCCCCGUCGGGAAGAAGAUGGCGUUUUUGGUCAUCAGAGAGAAUGGCUUCACCGUUCAAUGCUUGGUGCAGGCGCAGGCCGAUACGGUGAGCCCGCAGAUGGUGAAGUUCGCCGCUGCACUCAGCCGCGAGUCCAUCGUCGAUGUCGAAGGCGUUGUUUCGAUCCCCUCCGCUCCCAUCAAAGGCGCCACACAACAGGUGGAAAUUCAAGUGAGGAAGUUGUAUUGUGUCAGUAGGGCUGUACCUACUCUGCCUAUUAAUCUUGAGGAUGCUGCUCGAAGUGAAGUUGAAAUCGAGACGGCUCUUCAGGCUGGUGAGCAACUUGUUCGUGUUAAUCAGGAUACACGUCUGAACUUUAGGGUGCUUGAUGUGCGAACGCCAGCUAAUCAAGGGAUUUUCCGCAUUCAGUCUCAAGUUGGAAAUGCGUUUAGACAAUUCUUAUUAUCUGAAGGUUUUUGUGAAAUCCACACUCCAAAGUUGAUAGCUGGAUCUAGUGAGGGAGGAGCUGCUGUUUUUAGACUGGACUACAAAGGUCAACCUGCAUGCCUGGCCCAGUCACCUCAGCUUCACAAGCAAAUGUCUAUUUGUGGAGAUUUUGGCCGUGUUUUUGAGAUUGGUCCUGUGUUUAGAGCAGAAGAUUCCUACACUCACAGGCAUCUGUGUGAGUUUACAGGUCUUGAUGUUGAAAUGGAGAUUAAGAAGCAUUACUUUGAGGUUAUGGAUAUAGUCGAUAGACUGUUUGUCGCAAUGUUUGACAGUUUGAACCAGAAUUGUAAGAAGGAUCUGGAAGCUGUCGGGUCUCAGUAUCCAUUUGAACCUUUGAAGUAUCUGCGGAAGACACUACGGCUUACAUAUGAAGAAGGGAUUCAGAUGCUCAAGGAUGUUGGAGUAGAAAUUGAACCUUAUGGUGACUUGAAUACUGAAGCGGAAAGGAAAUUGGGUCAGCUAGUCUCAGAGAAAUAUGGCACAGAGUUCUAUAUCCUUCACCGGUACCCUUUGGCUGUAAGGCCAUUCUAUACAAUGCCUUGCUACGACAAUCCUGCAUACAGCAACUCGUUUGAUGUCUUUAUUCGAGGUGAGGAGAUAAUUUCAGGAGCUCAGCGUGUUCAUGUGCCAGAAUUUUUGGAACAACGUGCAGCAGCUUGUGGCAUCGAUGUCAAAACAAUAUCUACAUACAUUGAUUCUUUCAGAUAUGGGGCACCACCACAUGGUGGCUUUGGAGUAGGGUUGGAGCGUGUAGUGAUGCUCUUCUGUGGCCUGAAUAACAUUCGCAAAACAUCACUCUUUCCUCGUGACCCACUUAGGAUUGCGCCAUGAUAAAAUCAUAUCCCAACAGUUAAUUGCUCAAAUAUUUAGCCUUUACAAUUUUUUUAUGUUGAAUCCUGAAAACAUUAUUUAAAUUCCUAGCCUUGGAGCUUAUACCCACCGUGAUAAAAAAAAUGUUUUGACUUGAUGUAUUGCCACUGUGUAUUCGAUUGACCCACUUUUAGAAAGUCCGUCUUUCUCCUCUUCAUCAGAAACCAGGUGAAACAAUGAUGACUUUGAUCCCAUGAACAUAUUUCAGCUUGAGAUUUGGAACUGGGAAUGACUUAAUUUUUACUUUUGCAUACAUGCAUUCAUGUAUGCAUUCAAAUCAAGUAGCAUUUUGUUAAA